AAAAAAAAAAGACCCCUCUCUGCGAUUUACUGACUACUACUGCUUUCCCUCUCCAGAGCAGAGAGAAAAGUCGGAGAACGAAGCGAAGAACCGCGAGUGACAGAUACAACAAUCGUGUCGCUUCCCGUCGGAGUCCAGACGAUCUAGGGUUGUAUCUCUCUCUCCAUCGUGUUUGGCGGUCGGGUAGUGUAGAUGGCAACUCCAGGGUCGGAGCGAUUCGCGGUCACGCCGAGCACAGCGAGGGGAUUGUCAAUUACACCUGGGUCUAGGGUUUUGAAGGGCUCGCUCAGCGACGAAUCUCUGUGGAAACGACUCAGAGAGGCUGGAUUCGACGAAGAAUCGAUCAAGAAGAGGGACAAAGCGGCUCUCAUCGCGUACAUCGCGAAGCUCGAAUCCGAGGUGUAUGACUACCAACACAACAUGGGCCUUCUUCUGUUGGAGAAAAAGGAGCUGAUAUCAAAGUAUGAGGAGAUUAAGGCCUCUGUGGAGGUGGCAGAACUAUCACACAAGCGUGAUCAGUCUGCAUAUGCCUCCGCUUUGGCUGAAGCAAGAAAACGAGAAGAGAGUUUGAAGAAGGAUUCAGGGAUUGCAAAAGAAUGUAUUGCUAGUUUGGAGAAGACUUUGCAUGAGAUGCGUGCAGAAUGUGCUGAGACAAAAGUUGCUGCUGCGAAUAAAUUGUCUGAAGCUCAAAUCAUGAUCGAAGAUGCUCAGAAGAAAUAUGCUGAAGCUGAAACGAACAUGCGUGCAGCAGAAUCAUUACAAAUGGAGGCUACCCGCUAUCACCGAAUCGCAGAUAGAAAGCUGAAGGAAGUUGAAGGUCGUGAAGAUGAUCUUGCUAGACGACUUGCAUCGUUGAAGUCUGAGUCUGAAGCUAAGGAGAAAGAGAUGAUUCUGGAGAGACAAACCUUAAGUGAAAGGCAAAAGAGUUUGCAGCACGAGCAUGAGAGGUUAUUGGAAGCACAAGCUUCGCUGAAUGAAAGAGAAGAUCACAUAUUUGGUAGAUCAAAAGAGUUAGCUCGACUCGAAAAGGAUUUAGAGUCUGCAAGAGCCAAGCUUGAGGAGGAAAACAGAGCCUUGGAAGAGAGAAAGUCGGAUUUGGAGCUUGCUGUGGCUUCCAUUAAAAAAAGAGAAGAGGUUAUCUUGGAGAGGGAAGCUUCACUACAGAAGAAGGAGCAAGAGCUGCUUGUUUCCCAAGAAAAAAUUGCAAGCAAGGAAUCCGAACUAGUUCAGAAGGUUUUAGCCAAUCAAGAAACUAUUCUGAGGAAGAGAAGAUCUGAAGUUGAAGCAGAACUGGAAAGUAAGCGCAAAUUGGUGGAAGAUGAAAUUGAGAGCAAGAGACGGACUUGGGAAUUAAGGGAGGUUGAUAUCAGUCAGCGGGAAGACCUAGUUAGUGAAAAAGAACAUGACUUGAAAGUUCAAUCGAGGGUCCUGACAGAGAAAGAAAAGGAUGUAACAGAGAGGUCUAAUAUGCUUGACGAGAAAGAAAAGAAAUUGAAUGCUACAGAGAAAGAGAUCAACCUUAAGGCAGCUCUUCUGGAAAAAGAGAAGCAAGAGAUUAACAAAUUGAAGCUAGAUCUUCAGCAGUCCUUUUUAUCAUUAGAAGACAAGCAAAGACAAGUUGAUUUUGCAACAGAGAAACUUGAAGCCUUGAAGAGUGAAACAAGCAAAUUAACACUUCUGGAGAUGAAACUCAAGGAAGAGCUGGAUGCUUUGAGGGGUCAAAAGGUUGAACUGAUGGCUGAAGCUGAUAGACUGAAGGUGGAGAAAGCUAAGUUUGAAGUAGAGUGGGAGCACAUUGAUGUGAAAAGGGAAGAGUUAAGAAAAGAAGCAGAGCAUAUUGGUCGUGAAAGGGAUGCUUUCUCUAGGUAUCUGAAGGACGAGCGUGAUAAUCUCAGAGAAGAGAGGGAUGCAUUGAGAAAUCAGCACAAACAUGAUGUGGAGUUGCUGAAUCGUGAGCGUGAAGAAUUCAUGAACAAGAUGGUGCAUGAACAUUCCGAGUGGCUUAGCAAGAUUCAGAGUGAGCAUGCUAACUUGAUGUCGGGUAUUGAGAUGCAGAAGAGGGAAUUGGAAUACUGUAUUGAAAAGAAACAAGAAGAAUUGGAGAAUAACUUGAGGGAGAGAGAGAAGGCUUUCGAACAGGAGAAGAAGAUGGAACUCGAACAUAUCCAGUCUCGCAAGGAAAUGGCAGAAAAAGAAUUGGAACAGGUAACUGUGGAACUAAGGAGAUUGGAUGCUGAGAGGUUGGAGAUUAAACUGGACCGUGAACGGAGGGAGAGAGAAUGGGCUGAGUUAAAGGAUUCAGUUGAGGAAUUACAGCUUCAACGAGAAAAGCUAGAGAAGCAAAGGGAACUACUUCAUGCUGAAAGAGAAGAAAUCCUGCAUGAGGCUGAAGAACUCAAAAAGUUGGAAAAUCUGAAAGUCGCCUUAGACGAUAUGUCCAUGGCUAAGAUGCAGAUCUCUAAUCUAGAGCGUAGCUGGGCUAAAGUUUCUGCUUUGAAGAAGAAGAUCGUCUCUCGGGAUGACGAACCAGAUUUACAUAAUGGAAUUGGAACUGCACGUAAUGGUGAUGGUUAUAACUCUUCUAUGCAAAGACAGAACGACUCAUCUCCUUCAGCCUCUACUCCAUUUUCAUGGAUAAAACGAUUCCAUGAACUGAUAUCGAAGAAUCCUGCGGAAAAAUCUUCCACACACCAAGAAGGAAGACGCUUAUCAUCAGAAAGGUUGAAGUUAGAUUCAUCAGAAAGAGACGGCGAGAAUGGAAAGCCAGAUAAGGUUAGCAGAAAGGAACCAGCUGAGGCUGGUGAAAGACUUCAAGGUGGAAGGAAAAGAAGAGUUGAUAGCUCAUCUGGUAAAGGCACAACUGACCCAUCUGUAAUGCAGUAUGGGAACGGUAACAAGAAGAAGAAACAAGAUGGCAUCCCCAGGUCAGCGGUACAAGUUGACACCCAGAGUUUAAUACCCAAUCCCCAAAAUAUGCCUGUGGACAAACACGAACUGCCAUCAUCAAGCCAAACCCGGACAGGUUCUGGGGAGAGUGGUGUGGUAGUGAUCAGUGAAGUAGUGAAGAUCACAAAAGCGAGUUAUGAAGUGGUGGGACUUGGCACUGACAGCAUUCAAGAUCCUGAUAAUAUGGGCUGCUUAGCAAAUCCUGUGGCAGAUUCCAAUGCUACGGAUCACAUUGACGGAACUUGUGAGUUUGCUUCUGAAGCAGAAAGAAAGAUUGGGGAAGAGACACACCAAAGUGGUCAAGAUGAUGAUCUCAAUCAGCAGGGACAUGAUGUGACAACAUCUGCUAACGGGAAGGCGAAGAAGGCAGAAGGUGAUAACUCCAUGACAUGAGAUGGAAGUAGUUGUGUCCUGUCUCCAUGGUAGGUGGCCAUUGCAAGGAGACUUGGAUGUUCUCAUAGCUUUACUUCAUUCAUCAACAGAACAUGGUUAUAAGAAAAAACCCUGACCCUUCACUUUUUUUUCUCUUAAAUUUCAAUCCUGGGCUUGUAUUGUAAAUGCUGAGAUAUAUGAUUGGUUAACUCUGGUUUCUCUGUUGUGAUGCAUAGAGUGGCUGCAGAUUCCUGAAUGAGUGGAAUGAUGGAGUAGUUAGGUAAGGAUCCGAGAUUGUGCAUUAUCAAAAGUGUGUUUUGCUUUCUGUUCA